AUGUCCCAGACAACCCCAAUUAGCCUGGAUUACGGCACGACAAUGCCUCAGGACGAGCUUGAUGAAAAGGGCGACGGCCUUGAGAUAAUCACGGCGAGCAUGUUCCGUAUGGGAACCAGCUCCAUGUCAGAGGCCUUUAAAAUCCUCGGCUACAAUCCACAUCACGGCCUCGAUGACAGCCGCAAAAUCCCUUGGGUCCAAAUCGAGGAGGCCGCCGAGGGCAAAUGGCCUAGCACAUCUGACGCGUCUGGCGUGCGGCGUCGCAGACGCAGCGGCAAGUACACAAGGCAGGAAUGGGAUGCCGUCUGGCACGAGUAUGACGCCGUGACGGACAUUGCGGCGCCCUUCGCUUCGGAUCUUGCAACGCUGUAUCCCGAGGCCAAGGUCAUCGUCAUCCAGAGAGACUUUUACUCAUGGUGGCCCAGCUUCCUUACUAUAAACCUUGGAUGGCGUUUCUUCUGGGGCGCCGAGCUGAUCACAACACUGCUCGGCAUGUUCAACAUGCGGGCUGGGCAUGCAGUCAGGAAACUAUACUUUGGCCUGUUCCAUGCCCAUUCGAUCGACGAGCUUCAGGCCAACGCCCGGCGUGGUUACGAGGAUUAUUUCGCGGAGAUUCGGCGCGUGGUUCCCGAGUCUAGAAGAUUGGAAUAUAGGCUGGGCUCAGGUUGGGAGCCCUUGUGUAAGUUCUUGGGAAAGGAGGUGCCGGACGUGCCGUUCCCAAAGGUCAAUGACGGGGCGGAGCUCGAAGCGUGGUUGUUCAAUGCGUUUGUCGACGCCAUUAUGCAGACGCUCAUCAUACCUCUGCUGUACGGGACGGCUGUUGUAGUUGUAUUGUAUCUAUUGUGGUCAUUGUACGGCAGAGCCAUGCGUUGA